GCUCCUGGGCUGCUCUUCUGCUGACCUCAUAGAUGCUCUUCCCCUUGCUUUCCUUCUAGAAGUGGAGCAGAUCGAGGCCAUCGCCAAGUUUGACUACGUGGGGCGGUCCCCGCGUGAGCUGUCCUUCAAGAAGGGAGCCUCACUGCUACUGUACCACCGCGCCUCCGAGGACUGGUGGGAGGGUCGUCACAACGGCGUGGAUGGGCUCAUCCCACAUCAGUACAUAGUUGUACAGGACAUGGACGAUGCGUUCUCGGACAGCCUGAGCCAAAAGGCCGACAGCGAGGCCAGCAGUGGGCCACUGCUGGACGACAAGGCCUCCUCCAAAAACGACCUCCAGUCCCCCACGGAGCACAUCUCGGAUUACGGCUUUGGGGGGGUGAUGGGCCGAGUGCGGUUACGAUCUGACGGAGCAGCCAUCCCCAGGCGCCGAAGCGGGGGAGACACACACAGCCCGCCCCGGGGCCUGGGCCCCAGCAUGGACACGCCACCCCGGGCCGCCGCCUGCCCCAGCAGUCCCCACAAAAUCCCCCUCUCCCGGGGGCGGAUCGAGAGCCCCGAGAAGCGGAGGAUGGCGACGUUCGGGAGCGCCGGCAGCGUCAACUACCCCGACAAGAAGGCGCUCUCCGAAGGGCACUGCAUCCGGUCGACGUGCGGCUCCACCAGGCACAGCAGCCUGGGGGACCACAAGUCCCUGGAGGCCGAGGCCCUGGCAGAAGACAUCGAGAAGACCAUGAGCACAGCUCUGCACGAGCUGCGGGAACUGGAGAGGCAGAACACAGUCAAGCAGGCGCCAGAUGUGGUGCUGGACACCCUGGAGCCCCUGAAGAACCCGCCAGGCCCCAUCAGCUCAGAGCCGGCCAGCCCCCUGCACACCAUUGUGAUCCGCGACCCCGACGCCGCCAUGCGUCGCAGCAGCAGCUCCUCCACCGAGAUGAUGACCACCUUCAAGCCGGCCCUGUCCGCCCGCCUGGCCGGCGCCCAGCUGCGCCCGCCCCCCGUGCGGCCGGUGCGGCCCGUGGUCCAGCAUCGGUCCAGCAGCAGCAGCAGCUCGGGCGUGGGCAGCCCGGCCGUGACGCCCACCGAGAAGAUGUUCCCCAACAGCUCGGCCGACAAGUCGGGCACCAUGUGACCUGCGGGGGGGCGGGCACCGCCCCGGCCCGCCGGGGCCCGCCGGGGCCGAGGGUGGCCUCUGUGACUCCCACAUCCUCCCGGUGCUCCCGGCCUCGUCGGGCAGGGCCCAGAAGGUCAGCCGGGGAGCGGGUCUGUGUGGAGCUGAGGCCCAGGCCCGAGCCUCCGCGCGCCUUCGGCCACGUGAAUCCACAGGCCUCCCUCCCGUGCGCGCACAGACGGCCAAGCGGCCAGGAGCAGCCGCCCAGCCGGGGCCUUUCCCGAGAUCGUGGCAGAUGUUAAUGGCUUCACCCGCGUAUCGUCACUGGAAAGUUAUUCCCUCGACAUUCUCUCUACACG